AUGUCCGCUGCAGAUCUGCAGACGGGAGACGAGAUUGUUAGACGUUUGUGGAGACUGUCGAGAUACGAGUUCGUUGUCUGUUCGGAGGCCAUGUCGAAAAGUUGUCAAUUGAGUGUAUCACACAUCAAUAUCGUUCAUGGCGACGAGAUUCUGUUGGCAACGAAAGAAACUUCGACACCUACCUUAUACACCUAUUUCCGCAACUUCAACGACCCCUCGGAGAAUGGGUAUCCAUCAUUCCACAGUGACGCUGGAAACGGGAAAACUCGACACGAAAUUUUCGCACAAGACGGCGCGGCUUUCAAGACUUUCUUUCCAAAAGAGCUCGACAUUAAACGUCCUGGAGGCAUCUGCUCACUAGCACAACUUGUUGUUCGUGUGAUGCUCUUCACCUCGCUAUGA